AUGGAGCGCCGUGUCCACAAUAUCUUACAACGGGCUAUGUUUUAUCAAGCACAUAUUGUGGUCGGACAGGCAGAAGCGAUUAACCGUAGCAGACGUCGCCCGCUUCCAGGAUCUUCAGUUUCCGAUGAACAGCUGGAAGCCAACCGAUUUAUGUCUCUGUUUAGUGGUCCGUACAUUUCCAAUUCUUUAUUUCCUGUCAGUCGGAAUUCCAGGAUGGAGAGCAAUUUUCGUUCAGGAUCAGGAGGUGGAACGGAAGAGAUCCAGCUGGAUGGAAGGUUGGACUAG